AUGAAGCAUCCACCACAGCCAUGUUUUCUUCCCUUUAAACAUAUAGAACCGGCCAAUGCGCGGGUGACUCUUUGCUACGGACCUUAUGAAUCCACUGGAGUGGUGCAGCACAGAAUCUUCCGCCUGCAGGGUCUCCAAGUCGUUCUGAGGGCGUGUGGUCACUGGUGCAUCUUGGAAGAAACACAGGACUGGAACAUGGUGGAGCUUGUGGUCAGCGGGGAGGUGGUGUUCAGGUGUAAGAUAAAGGAGCUUGAGUUUGGUGGAGAUGGAAAACUGGAUCCUGUCUGCAGGGAAGCUGUUACUGCAGUGGAGAAUGCUCACUGA